GGGAAACCGGAAGAAAACACAUGAAAUGUUUCUGUUGCAAUAUUGCAGCAUGUGAUUUUUAGCCCAAUGAACUGCAUACUUACAUCGAUUAGUGAUUUAGACACAGUAGAGUUAGCCGAUCUCGCAGGAUAGUGAACGAAAUGUCAGCUGUUCCUCCGCAAAACCUGAUUGAUGAAUGGACAAGCGUGCAGGCCAGCCUGAAGCAGCAGCUGGUGGAAGGGGAUACCGAGGAGUGGCAGAGGGCUCCAGACUUCAAGGGGCUGGAGAGAGUGGGCGGAGUGGACCUGUCCUUCAUCAAGGGAGACGACAUCAAUGCUUGCGCCCAGCUGGUGGUGCUCAGCUUCCCGGAGCUGGAGCUGCUGUACGAGGACUGCCGGAUGGUGACCCUCAGCGCCCCCUACGUCGCCGGGUACCUGGCGUUUCGGGAGACGCCCUGCCUGCUGGAGGCCCUGCAGCGCCUGGAGAGGACACAGCCCGGCCUGAUGCCCCAGGUGCUCUUUGUGGAUGGGAACGGGGUGUUCCACUACCGGGAGUUCGGGGUGGCCUGCCACCUGGGGGUGCUGUCCGGUCUGCCGUGCGUGGGCGUGGCCAAGAACCUGCUGCAGGUCCAGGGCGUCGUCAGGAGCGAGGAGCACCUGACCCAGGUUAGAGGUCACGCCGCACACCUCAACAGUACAUCUGGUCAUGGGUUCGAGUCACACCACACACAGGUGAGCGAUAGCAGGAGCUCUCACUGGUACCUGUCCGUCCACCAGUACACCUGA